CAGGAACCAGUCCGUUGGUUUUUUAUUCGAUCGGUGAUGCCUUCAGGCGAUGAUCUGCUGCGCUUUGAGCGUUGAAGCCGCCGUGACCUUGAGGUUUACCUUCAGCCAGAGCCGGCUCCAUGGACCAGUCAUCAUGAUACUGGGCCCCUCACUCCUCCCCCACCUCCAGCCCUGGCCCCGCCCCCUGCUUCGCCGCCUCCUGUCGGACCUCUGGACCAAUGGCAGCGCGGCGUCGUGCAGACGCCUCAGCACUGACGGCCGCACCCCUCAGCCCGCCGUCGGCCAGGACUGGGUGGAGGUGUUGGGACAGUCCUACGCCCGGGACGACUUCACCAACGUCACCCCAAAGACGUUGGCCAGAGUGGGCCGGGACCUCCACAACCAGACCCACCACCCACUGUGGCUGAUCAAGGAGCGCAUCAAGGCUCACUUCUACAGCUCCUACAUCGGCCGCUGGGGAAACCCGCUGUUCUCCGUCCACGACAACCUGAGUCCUGUGGUCAGCGUGGAGCAGAACUUCGACAGCUUGCUGAUUCCUCCCGACCACCCAAGCAGGAAACGAGGAGACAACUAUUACCUGAACAGAACCACGAUGCUUCGCGCUCACACGUCGGCCCACCAGAGGGAGCUGGUGAGUUCGGGGCUGGACGCCUUCCUAUUGGCCGGAGACGUCUACCGGCGGGACGAGAUCGACUCCAGUCACUACCCGGUCUUCCACCAGAUGGAGGGAGUCCGACUCUUCUCCAACCACGAGCUCUUCUCUCAGGUGCGUAGCGGUGAUCUUCUGUCUCUGUUUGAACGAGGCGGCCGUCGGACUCCAGAGAAGCAGGAAACUCACAGUCUGGAGGCCGUGAAGCUGCUGGAGUUCAACCUGAAGCAGACUCUGACUCGACUCGUCGCUCAGCUGUUUGGAGAAGACGUAGAGGUCCGCUGGGUCGACUGCUACUUUCCCUUCACUCAUCCCUCCUUUGAGAUGGAGGUUCGUUUCCAGGGCGACUGGAUGGAGGUUCUGGGAUGUGGAGUGAUGGAGCAGGAAAUACUGAACUCAGCAGGGGCCGGGAACAAGCUGGGCUGGGCCUUCGGUCUGGGCCUGGAGAGGCUGGCCAUGAUUCUGUUCAGCAUCCCAGACAUCCGGCUGUUCUGGAGUCAGGACGAACGCUUCCUGAAGCAGUUCAGAGUGCAGGACAUCCACCAGCCCAUCGUCUUCCAGCCGCUCAGUAAAUACCCCCCGCUCUCCAACGACAUCUCCUUCUGGCUGCCGGACGACGGCUUCACCGAGAACGACUUCUACGAGCUGGUCCGCUCCAUCGGAGGAGAUCUGGUGGAGAAAGUGACGCUGGUGGACGAUUUCACCCACCCGAAGACCGGGAGGCGGAGCCAUUGUUACCGCAUCGUCUACCGCCACAUGGAGCGAACGCUGACUCAGCAGGAGGUGCGACUCGUCCACGAGCAAAUCGAAGGCGCCGCCGAAAGCGAGCUGGGCGUCCAGGGCCGCUACUGAUCCACACAGACACUCAGAUGUAUGUUUAUCCCGCGGGCUGUUACGCAGCUUCGUCGCCUCCUCGUAGCUGCGAUGUUUCACAGCCGACGUCACGCUCUGCUCUCGACGCUGCAGCUCGUCAUCCUGCCUCCUCUUCAGGCUGAAGCAUCCCGAUCUGACGCCUUCGGUUCCCAGAAACAUCUCCGACAUCACACUCCAGCCGCCGAUAUUUAGGUUUUCUGACGGCAGCCAGACCUCAGCAGCUGCUCUGUUUCUGAAAACAUGCAGCGUUGAGGCCACCAGACGAUCCUCAGCAGGGAUUUGAUGCAUUCGAAUGUUUCAGAACUGCAAACUAAAGGUUGUUUUACCGUUGAUGUGAAAGUCCAGAAGGGCCUGAAACACCUUUAUGUUGGUAGAAAUUACAACCAAAACUAUGAGAAGUUGGAUUUUAUUCUUCAAUACAUAAAAAUAACGUAAUAUGUCACAUUUUUCUUUCAUUGGCACCAUUUUUUUCCCCUGUCCCAUUUAUGUAGCAACAUCUUCUUUAUUUCAUUGUAGUCGGUAGGGAGGUGGUCGACCAGAAUCAUGAAAAUGGUUUUUGCAACAAAAGAUGUUUGAUUAAAGCUUCCACCAAAAGAAAUGAAGUCUGGAAACUUGACAAGCCACUAAAAGCUUCAUCCAGUUCCAUGUUUUCUGCGUUUUCACCUUGACGAUUAGCAGGCUAACGCAGCUACUAGCUCGAUAGUAGUUACUGGAUAGUUUUUCACUUCCCGACACAAAAAUCCAUUUGAUUUCAGCCUGAAGUAGCAGAGCAGAAGAGAGAAGAAACUCUGAACACAAGUCACCAACAAAGAAAGACUUUUAUCAUACUGCAGAUAAACACAACAUGUAAUCAGUUCUUUCUUUCUUUUUUUAAAUGAAGUUUUUCUUCUUUAUGUUGGAAAUGACAGCUUGAAUUGAAGCUGCAGUUUGUGUGUUGUAGUUUUUCUGACGGGUUUGUAUCUUUAGAUGAAAACAUUAAAACUGUUUGGUGACAUUGUU